AUGAGCCCCCUAUUUGUCGAAAUCCACGGUACCAUCCCUGCUGCUGAGGGAGACCUUCGAAUAAUCAUAGAAAAACAUGCCAGACUAGAGGAAAUUCAGCGAGAAAACCCCAGAGCUCAAGCCCAGAGGCCCUCGCGGACCAACUCAACAGAACAAUCUAGUGGAUCCAAGAGGGAUGGUUCAGAAGAACGACCCACCGAAGAUAGGAGGGAGCGAAGAGAUGAUCGUAGACGUGAUGAUAGGAAAUUCGAAGAUCAAGUUUACACAAAGAUGAACGCCAGCUAUGCGCGCAUCUUAAGAGAGAUCAAGAGGUGGGAAAACCUUGAUUGGCCAUGGUCCAAAGGAAAUCAACCUCCAAGAUCGGAGAAGUCGAAAGAAUACUGUGAAUAUCACUUUUUCAAUGGCCAUCAUACCGAGAAGUGCAAGAAUCUCAAGAUGAUGAUCCAAAAGUUGAUUGACGCAGGAGAUCUUAAGCAGUAUGUACAGAAGGUUGGCACCGAAGACAAGGCUAAACGAAGGAAAAGGUUAAGGAAGCAAUUUGAAGACUAUUGUGAGUUUUACAAAAUCGAUGGGGUGGAAGUAGACGAACAAGAGCACUGUAUGGACGAGCCUAUAACCUUCGAUGCUGAGGAUAUCGAGGAAGACAUGGAGGAUCACAACGACCCCCUGGUACUCACGCUGCCAGUAGCGGGAUGCAAUAUCAAAAAGAUCCUCAUUGACUGGGGAAGCUCAGUUAAUGUUCUAUUUUACGACACAUUCAAACGAAUAGAGCUUAACGAUGAGAAGAUGAUGUCUUCGUACUAUACUAUCUACGGGCCUAUCUACGGGUUUAAUGGGGCAGUAACGAAGCCACUAGGAGACAUCGUUCUACAAGUGGAUGUAGGACCAAUGAAGGUAGAUACUCGAUUCAGUGUUGUAGAUGCUCUGUCGCCCUAUAACGCCAUCAUUGGCCGUAGAUGGGUGCACAAACUCAAAGGGGUGGCGGCUACUUAUUACCAAUCCCUCAGAUUUCCAACACCCCAAGGGGUAAUGGAAAUAAAAGGAGAUCAGGCUACUGCACGAGAAUUCCAGGCUUUGCAAAAUCGACUCAAUAACGAGCAAGAUGAGAAGCUGAAAUCCCGAAGAGAUCGAAACAAAGAAGCUGCAAAGGAAAAAGCAAUUGAUGCCUAUCUGGAAGAAAUUUAUGGAAGAAUCCUCUCAAAGGAGAAUAUAAUUGGAAACACAUAG